AUGGAAACUUUUCGUGAUGAUGUUAUGAAGGCUAAGAAGGAGCUGACAGAGGCGAGGAAUAGGCUGUACUGGCAAAAUACUAUCUUAGAUGUUUCCACCAUUGUUUUCCAGAAGGUUUUCUCGAAGUCCUCGUUCAACCGGCCUCCAACAUCUGCAGAACUUAAACUAUGCCGGAACGCAGCCUCCCUUUAUGUAGAGACCUCCAGAAUAGUUGCUAGUUCGAUUUCUGAGCUGUUCACAGGCCGGAGGUAA